CCCCGCGGGGCUGUGGUUCGCGGCGCGGGUCGCCGCCCUCAGCUGCGCCGGGCGGUUCCGGCUCCUCCCUCUCCCGGUGCCUCGGUCGCACGAUGGUGCUGGAGUCGGUGGUCGCGGACCUGCUAAACCGCUUCUUGGGGGACUAUGUGGAGAACCUGAACAAGUCCCAGCUGAAGCUGGGGAUCUGGGGCGGUAAUGUGGCUUUAGAUAACCUACAGAUAAAAGAAAAUGCUCUGAGUGAAUUGGAUGUUCCUUUUAAAGUUAAAGCUGGCCAAAUUGAUAAAUUAACUUUGAAGAUUCCUUGGAAAAACCUUUAUGGAGAAGCAGUUGUUGCAACCCUAGAGGGACUCUACCUGCUUGUUGUCCCUGGAGCAAGUAUUAAAUAUGAUGCUGAAAAAGAAGAAAAAUCCUUGCAAGAUAUUAAACAGAAAGAGCUAUCCCGAAUUGAAGAAGCUCUUCAGAAAGCAGCAGAGAAAGAUAAGGCAAAAGAAGCCAAAAAGGAUACAUUUUUGGAAAAAUUGGCAACCCAAGUAAUUAAAAACGUACAAGUAAAAAUCACAGACAUUCACAUUAAAUAUGAAGAUGAUGUCACUGAUCCAAAGCAGCCUCUUUCAUUUGGUGUCACACUGGGAGAACUCAGUCUAUUGACUGCAAAUGAACAUUGGACUCCAUGCAUAUUAAAUGAAGCAGAAAAAAUUAUAUACAAGCUUGUACGACUUGAUAGUCUUAGUGCCUACUGGAAUGUAAACUGCGGCAUGUCUUACCAGGGAUCGAAGGAACAGAUCUUGGAUCAGCUGAAAAGUGGAAUUCUUACAAGUAGCAAUAUACCUGCAAAUCAUCAAUAUAUUUUCCAGCCAAUAUCAGCUUCUGCAAAGCUCUUCAUGAAUCCUUAUGCGGAAACAGAGCUGAAAACACCCAAACUUGACGGGAACAUAGAAGUACAGAAUAUUGCUGUUGAAUUGACUAAACCUCAGUACUUAAGUAUGAUUGACCUUUUGGAGUCAUUGGAUUAUAUGGCUAGAAAUGCCCCUUACAGAAAAUAUAAGCCUUAUUUACCACUUCAUACCAAUGGUCGACAAUGGUGGAAAUAUGCAAUUGAUUCUGUUCUUGAAGUUCAUAUAAGAAGGUACACACAGAUGUGGUCAUGGAGUAACAUAAAAAAACACAGGCAGUUGCUCAAGAGUUAUAAAAGUGCCUACAAAAGUAAGCUAACCCAGACUAAAGUCCCAGAAGAAAUACAGAAACAAAUUCAGGAUUUGGAGAAGACUCUAGAUGUUUUUAACAUAAUUUUAGCAAGGCAACAAGCACAAGUUGAGGUGAUUCGAUCUGGGCAAAAAUUAAGGAAAAAGUCUACUGACACAGGCGAGAAACGUGGAGGCUGGUUUAGUGGGUUUUGGGGUAAGAAGGAGUCUAAGAAAAAAGAUGAAGAAUCUUUGAUUCCUGAAAGUAUUGAUGACAUUAUGACUCCAGAGGAGAAGGAUAAGCUUUUUACUGCUAUUGGUUAUAGUGAGAGCACCCAUAACUUAACUUUACCCAAGCAGUAUGUUGCCCAUAUAAUGACAUUGAAGUUAGUAAGUACCUCUAUUACAAUAAGAGAAAACAAAAAUAUUCCAGAAAUACUAAAAAUUCAGAUAAUUGGCCUGGGCACCCAAGUAUCUCAGCGACCAGGAGCACAAGCACUUAAGGUGGAAGCAAAAUUAGAACACUGGUAUAUAACAGGUCUGAGACAGCAGGGUAUUGUACCAUCACUUGUGGCUUCCAUUGGUGAUACUACAUCAUCCUUGCUUAAAAUUGAGUUUGAAACCAAUCCAGAGAAUAGUACCGCUGACCAGACUCUGAUUGUUCAGUCUCAACCUGUGGAGGUCAUCUAUGAUGCUAAAACCAUCAAUGCAGUGGUUGAAUUCUUUCAAUCAAAUAGAGGAUUAGAUCUUGAGCAAAUAACAUCAGCUACAUUAAUGAAGCUGGAAGAAAUUAAAGAGAGAACAGCUACAGGACUUACACAUAUUAUUGAAACUCGAAAAGUCCUUGAUUUAAGGAUAAAUCUGAAGCCUUCUUAUCUAAUACUUCCACAGACUGGUUUCCAUCAUGAAAAGUCAGACCUUCUCAUUUUAGAUUUUGGUACAUUUCAGCUUAACAGUAAAGAUCAAGGUUUGCAGAAGACUAGUAAUUCAUCUCUGGAAGAAAUAAUGGAUAAAGCAUAUGACAAAUUUGAUGUUGAAAUAAAAAGUGUGCAGUUACUCUUUGCAAAAGCAGAGGAAAACUGGAAAAAGUGUCGAUUUCAGCAUCCAUCAACUAUGCAUAUAUUACAACCCAUGGAUAUUCAUGUUGAGUUGGCCAAGGCAAUGGUAGAAAAAGACGUUAGAAUGGCCAGAUUGAAAGUAUCUGGGGGACUUCCUUUGAUGCAUGUGAGAAUUUCUGACCAGAAGAUGAAAGAUGUACUGUGUUUGAUUGACAGUAUACCCUUGCCACAGAAAUCCUCUGAACAGUCUCCAGAGAGACAGGUAUCCUCAAUUCCUGUUAUUUCAGAUAGGACAAAAGACCUACUUAGUACUUCACUGUUGCUGGAUGGAGUAGAAUCAGAGUCUGAUGAUGAAUAUUUUGAUGCUGAAGAUGGAGAGACACAGACUGGUAAAAGUUUGAGAGGUUCAGAACUAAAAAAAGCUGCAGAAGCCCCAAAUGAGGAACUCAUUAAUCUUUUACUGAAGUUUGAAAUUAAAGAGGUUGUUUUGGAAUUUACUAAACAACAGAAAGAAGAAGAUACAAUUCUAGUAUUUAAUGUUACUCAUUUGGGAACAGAGGCUACAUUGAGAACUUUUGAUUUAACUGUGGUAUCUUAUUUAAAGAAAAUCAGCUUGGAUUACCAUGAAAUUCAAGGAUCCAAAAAGAAGCCCCUUCACUUGAUUAGCUCUUCUGAUAAACCUGGAUUAGAUCUCUUAAAAGUAGAAUAUAUUAAGGCUGAUAAGAAUGGACCUAGUUUUCAAACUACGUUUGAAAAAACUGAGCAAACACUUAAGGUGGCUUUUUCAUCUUUAAAUCUGUUGCUGCAAACACAAGCUCUUCUGUCUUCUAUUAAUUACCUGACAACCAUUAUCCCAUCAGAUGACCAAAGAAGUGAUACCAAAGAAGUACAAAUUUCAGCUGAAAAGCAACAAAAAAAUUCAGGUGUGCAGAAAGUGAUUGUAUCCUCUAAAGACAGGGACAUUAUUGACUUCAGACUAUUUGCCAAGUUGAAUGCUUUCUGUGUCAUUGUUUGUGAUGAGAAGAACAAUAUUGCUGAAAUCAAGAUUCAAGGCCUUGAUUCUUCUCUUUGUCUUCAGUCAAGAAAACAGUCACUGUUUGCCAGACUGGAAAAUAUUAUUGUCACAGAUGUUGAUCCUAAGACAGUUCAUAAAAAAGCUGUGUCAAUAAUGGGAAAUGAAGUUUUUCAUUUUAACUUGGAUUUGUAUCCUGAUGCCACUGAGGGAGAUUCCUAUACUGACAUGUCCAAAGUGGAUGGUGUGGUAUCACUGAAUGUUGGCUGUAUUCAGAUUGUUUAUCUUCAUAAAUUCCUCAUGUCAUUUCUGAACUUCCUCAACAAUUUCCAGACAGCCAAAGAGGCUCUGAGUGCUGCCACUGUUCAGGCUGCAGAAAAGGCUGCCAGAAGUGUGAAAGAUCUUGCCCAGAGGAGUUUUCGUGUUUCUCUCAAUAUUGAUCUGAAAGCACCAGUUAUAGUCAUCCCACAGUCUUCUAUUUCCACUAAUGCAGUGGUGGUAGAUCUUGGGCUCAUCAGAGUUCAAAACCAGUUUAGUCUGGUGUCUGGGGAAGACUAUUUAAACCCUCCAGUAAUUGAUAGAAUGGAUGUGCAGCUAACAGAGCUUAAGCUUUCUAGGACAGUGAUCCAGCCAGGCAUCUCCCAUCCUGAUGUUCAGCUCUUACACCCAAUUAACUUGGAAUUUUUUGUAAACCGGAAUCUAGCUGCAUCUUGGUAUCACAAAGUACCUGUUGUAGAAAUUAAAGGACACCUUGAAUCAAUGAAUGUUAAUCUAAAUCAAGAAGAUCUUAACCUUUUAUUUAGAAUACUAGCAGAAAAUCUUGGUGAGGCUACUGAAGACUUAAAUAAAAUGAAGCCAAGAGAACAAAAGACAGGUGAAAUUAAAGGGCCACUUGAAAUCUAUACAUCAAAACAAGAUGUACAUGCUUCCCAAGGUACUUUAAUAGCUGGAGCUGAAGAAGUGAGAUCUGUAGACAUCAUUAAUAUGCUGCUGAAUUUUGAAAUCAAAGAGGUUGUGAUUACUCUGAUGAAAAAAGCAGAAAAGAAAGGAAGACCUUUACAUGAACUAAACGUCCUGCAGCUCGGAAUGGAAGCUGAAGUUAGAACCUAUGACCUGACUGCUAAAGCUUAUCUAAAAAAAAUUAGUAUGCGAUGCUUUGAGUUCACUGACUCUGCAGGAGAGCCACUUCAUGUUAUUAACUCUUCUAAUGUAACUGAGGAACCUCUGCUGAAAAUGUCACUGACCAAGGCAGACAGUGAUGGACCAGAAUUUAAAACCAUUCAUGAAAAUACCAAACAGAGACUGAAGGUUUCAUUUUCAUCCUUAGACUUAGUACUUCAUUUGGAAGCUUUACUGUCCUUCAUGGAUUUUUUAUCAUCUGCUGUUCCAUCCUCUGAACCUUCCUCUACUGAGAAGGAAUCUGAGCUGAAACCACUUGUGGGGGAGUCCAGAAGUAUCGUUGUCAAAGCUGCAUCCAGCAAUACUUCUCAAGAUGAUGUGUUUGAUUUAAAGGUCAUAGCUGAAUUAAAUGCAUUUAAUGUCUUUAUCUGUGAUCAGAAGUGUAACAUUGCAGAUAUUAGAGUACGUGGAAUGGAUGCCUCUAUUUCUGUGAAGCCAAAGCAGACCGAUAUGUUUGCCAGACUUAAGGAUAUAAUAGUUACGAAUGUUGAUUUGCUGUCUAUUCACAAAAAGGCUGUCUCUAUUUUGGGAGAUGAAGUCUUUAGGUUCCAAAUGACUCUUUAUCCAGGUGCCACAGAAGGAAAGGCCUAUGCUGAUAUGUCGAAAGUAGAUGGGAAACUUAGUCUCAAAGUGGGUUGUAUUCAAAUUGUUUAUGUCCAUAAAUUCUUCAUGUCUCUUUUGAACUUCCUCAACAAUUUCCAAACUGCCAAAGAAGCUUUGAGCUCAGCCACAGUCCAGGCUGCAGAAAGGGCUGCUUCCAGCAUGAAAGACUUGGCUCAAAAGAGUUUCCGCCUUUUGAUGGAUAUCAACUUGAAAGCACCAGUUAUUAUUAUUCCUCAGUCUUCAGUAUCGCCUAAUGCUGUUAUAGCAGAUCUGGGUUUAAUCAGAGUUGAAAACAAAUUUAGCUUAGUUCCUAUGGAACGUGAUUCUCUUCCUCCAGUCAUUGAUAAGAUGAGCAUUCAACUAACUCAGUUGAAGUUGUCCAGAACUAUUUUGCAGUCUGGCUUGCCACAACAUGACAUUGAAAUUUUAAAACCAGUCAACAUGCUAUUGUCCAUACAACGAAAUUUAGCAGCAGCAUGGUAUAUGCAGAUUCCAGGGAUGGAGAUAAAAGGAAAGCUAAAACCUAUGUUGGUUGCUCUCAGUGAAGAUGACUUAACAGUUUUAAUGAAAAUUUUGCUGGAAAAUCUUGGAGAAGCUUCUUCACAGCCAAGCCCUACACAGUCUACCCAGGAGGCUAUAAGAGUAAGAAAAGAUGUUCUGGGUGGGCCUGACCACCUCAAAGAACAAGAUAUGACAGACUCAAAGCUUUCUGUGGACCAAAAUGUCACUCUCCAAUUUGACUUUCACUUUGAAUCUCUUUCCAUUGUCCUUUAUAACAAUGAUAUAAACCAGGAAUCCAAACUUUCAUUUCACAAUGACAGUUUCCGGCUUGGUGAACUCAGACUACAUCUUAUGGCCUCUGUAGGGAAGAUGUUUAAGGAUGGCUCAAUGAAUGUUAGCCUUAAACUUAAGACAUGCACACUUGACGAUCUCAGAGAAGGCAUUGAGAGAGCAACAUCAAGAAUGAUUGAUAAAAGGAAUGAUCAAGAUGACAACAGUUCUAUGAUUGAUAUAAGUUACAAACAAAGCAAAAAUGGAAGUCAUGUUGAUGCUGUUCUUGACAAGCUAUAUGUAUGUGCCAGCGUGGAGUUUCUGAUGACUGUGGCAGAUUUCUUUAUCAAAGCUGUGUCUCAGAAUUCAGAAAAUAUGGCAAAAGAAGCACAGAUUCCACUACGACAGACAGCCACAGCAAAAAUCAAGAUGGAGAAAGAUGACUCUGUAAGACCAAAUAUGACUUUAAAGGCCAAGAUCACAGAUCCAGAAGUGGUAUUUGUUGCCAAUCUGACAAAGGCCGAUGCUCCUGCUCUGACAGCCUCAUUCCAGUGUAACCUGUCUAUGUCAACCUCCAAACUUGAACAGAUGAUGGAAGCUUCUGUGAGAGAUCUUAAAGUCCUUGCUUGCCCUUUUCUCAGAGAAAAAAGAGGAAGAAACAUUACUACAGUCUUACAGCCUUGUUCUUUAUUUAUGGAAAAAUGUAUGUGGGCUUCAGGAAAACAAAAUAUAAGCAUUAUGGUUGAAGAAUUUAUAAUUAAGAUUUCACCCAUAAUUCUGAAUACUGUGAUGACGAUCAUGGCUGCUAUGUCUCCAAAGACAAAAGAAGAUGAAUCCAAAGAUACAUCUAAGGAAACAGAAAAUAUUUGGGGCAUCAAAUCUAUUAGUGAUUAUAACUCUUGGUUUCUUGGUGUUGACAUGGCAACAGAAAUAACAGAAAAUUUCAAAGACAUUCACUGUCUAUCUAUAGAGGAAAAUUGUGCUGUUGUUGUAGAGUCAGUUCAGGUUACCUUAGAAUGUGGCCUUGGGCAUCGAACUGUACCUUUAUUACUGGCAGAGUCUAAGUUUUCAGGAAAUAUUAAAAAUUGGACUUCCCUAAUGGCUGCUACUGCUGACAUGACAUUAGAGGUUCACUACUAUAAUGAAACCCAUGCUGUUUGGGAGCCACUGAUUGAGAGAGUGGAGGGGAAGAGACAAUGGAAUUUAAGGCUUGAUGUAAAGAAGAAUCCAGUCCAAGAUAAAAGUUUAAUUCCAGGAGAUGAUUUUGUUUUUCUUCCUGAGCCACAAACAGCAGUUCAUAUUUCUUCAGGAGACACAAUGAAUAUAACCAUAUCCAAAAGUUGCCUGAAUGUUUUCAACAAUUUAGCCAAAGGUUUUUCAGAGGGCACUGCUUCUACUUUUGACUACUCUUUAAAAGAUAGGGCUCCUUUUACAGUGAAAAAUGCUGUAGGCAUUCCCAUUAAGGUGCAGCCCAAUCAUAAUCUCAGAGUAAUAGGCUCCCUUGAGAAAAGUGGUGUUUAUGAUGUUGAUGCUGGUCAGCAUUUGGAAUUGGAAUAUGCCAGCAUGGAACCUUCACGUCAAGGAAAAUUAUCUAUGUUGAGCCGUCAGGAAAGCUCUUUCUUCACUCUGACCUUUGUACCUCAUGGAUAUACAGAAGUUGCAAAAGUCCCUGUUGCCAGAUCCGGACGGCGAUUGUAUAACGUACGGAAUCCCAAUGCCAGUCAUUCUGACUCAGUCUUGGUACAGAUUGAUGCAACUGAAGGGAAUAAAGUAAUCACUCUUCGUUCUCCUCUGCAGAUUAAAAAUCAUUUCUCUAUUGCAUUCAUCAUCUAUAAAUCUGUUAAGAACGUUAAGCUGCUGGAGCCCAUUGGAGUAGCCAGCCCUGAAGAGGAGUUCCAUGUUCCUUUAGAUUCAUAUAGAUGUCAAUUAUUUAUUCAGCCAGCUGGUAUCUUAGAGAAUCGGUACAAAGAAUCCACCACUUACAUUUCUUGGAAGGAAGAACUUCACAGGAGCAGGGAAGUCAGAUGCAUGCUUCAGUGUCCGUCAGUAGAAGUCAACUUCUUACCUCUCAUUGUCAAUACAGUUGCUCUGCCUGAUGAAUUAAGCUAUAUAUGUAGCCACGAGGAAGAUUGGGAUCCAGCUUACAUUAUCCAUCUUUAUCCUACCCUCACUUUGCGGAACCUUCUCCCAUACUCUCUAAGAUAUUUACUUGAGGGAACAGCAGAAACUCAUGAGCUAGCAGAAGGCAGUGCUGCUGAUGUUCUCCAUUCGAGAAUCAGUGGAGAAGUAAUGGAAUUAGUUCUGAUGAAAUACCAGGGCAGAAACUGGAACGGACAUUUCCGUAUAUGUGAUACGCUUCCCGAAUUCUUCCUUGUGUGUUUUUCUCCUGACUCUGCAGAAAUGAUGACAGUUGACUUGUCAGUACAUGUCAGACGAAUUGGCAGCCGGAUGGUGCUAUCUGUUUUUAGUCCCUAUUGGCUAAUCAACAAGACUUCUCGGGUUCUCCAGUAUCGUGCAGAAGAUAUUCACGUGAAACAUCCAGCUGAUUUCAGAGAUAUUAUUUUAUUUUCUUUCAAGAAGAAGAAUAUUUUUAGUAAAAAUAAGGUACAAUUAAAAAUUUCUACUAGCGCCUGGUCCAAUGGUUUUUCAUUGGAUACAGUGGGAAGUUACGGAUGUGUGAAGUGUCCUGCCAACAGUAUGGAAUACCUGGUUGGUGUUAGCAUCAAAAUGAGCAGUUUUAAUCUUACACGAAUAGUUACCCUGACUCCCUUUUGUACCAUUGCAAACAAGUCGUCAUUAGAACUGGAAGUUGGUGAAAUUGCGUCUGAUGGCUCAAUGCCAACUACUAAGUGGAACUAUAUUGCUUCUUCAGAGUGCCUUCCCUUUUGGCCUGAAAAUUUGUCAGGCAAACUUUGUGUGAGAGUGGUGGGCUGUGAAGGUUCCUCCAAACCAUUUUUUUAUAACCGACAGGAUAAUGGCACUUUAUUGAGCUUGGAAGAGCUGAAUGGAGGUAUCUUGGUGGAUGUAAACACUGCUGAACAUUCAACUGUCAUAACGUUUUCUGAUUACCAUGAAGGAUCUGCGCCUGCUCUGAUAAUAAACCACACACCACAGGACGUCCUCUCAUACAAACAGAGUGGCUCACAGGAAGAAGUGCACUUGCUGCCAGGACAAGCUCGACUCUUUGCCUGGGCGGAUCCUACUGGUACCAGACAGCUUACAUGGACGUAUGCAGCAAAUACUGGGGAGCACAGUCUGUUAAAGGAUGAAUGUGGACAGUUUCCAUAUGAUGCAAAUAUCCAGAUACACUGGGUAUCAUUCCUGGAUGGGCGUCAGCGAGUGUUGCUUUUCACUGAUGAUGUUGCCUUGGUUUCCAAAGCACUGCAGGCAGAAGAAAUGGAGCAGGCCGAUCAUGAAAUAACCUUUUCUCUCCACAGUCUUGGGCUUUCACUGGUUAACAAUGAAAACAAGCAGGAAGUUUCAUAUAUUGGGAUAACCAGUUCUGGUGUUGUUUGGGAGAUGAAACCAAAACAGAAAUGGAAGCCUUUUAGUCAAAAGCAGAUAAUGUUGCUGGAACAGUCGUAUAAAAAAUACCAAGUAUCCAGAGACCAUGGAUGGAUUAAACUAGAUAAUAAUUUUGAGGUCAAUUUUGAUAAAGUUCCCAUGGAAAUGCGCUUCCCUGUUCAGUGCCCGAUAAAGCGAGAUUUUUUAUCAGGGAUUCAGAUUGAAUUUAAGCAGUCUCCUCACCAGAGAAGUUUAAGGGCCAGGUUGUAUUGGCUUCAGGUUGAUAGUCAGUUACCAGGUACAAUGUUUCCUGUUGUAUUUCAUCCCGUGGCCCCUCCAAAAUCUAUUGCUUUGGAUUCAGAGCCCAAACCUUUCAUUGAUGUGAGUGUCAUCACAAGAUUUAAUGAGUACAGUAAAGUAUUACAGUUCAAGUAUUUUAUGGUCCUCAUUCAGGAGAUGGCCUUGAAAGUUGAUCAGGGGUUUCUAGGAGCUAUUAUUGCACUGUUUACCCCAACAACUGACCCAGAAGCUGAAAGAAAACGGACGAAGUUAAUCCAGCAAGAUACUGAUGCUCUCAACACAGAAUUAAUGGAGACUUCAGUGACUGAUAUGUCAGUUCUUAGUUUCUUUGAACAUUUCCAUAUUUCUCCUGUUAAGUUGCAUUUGAGUCUGUCCUUGGGUAGUGGAAGUGGAGAGUCAGACAAAGAAAAACAGGAAAUGAUUGCAAUUCAUUCUGUCAAUCUGCUGUUGAAAAGCAUAGGUGCUACUUUGACUGAUGUGGAUGACUUAAUAUUCAAACUUGCUUAUUAUGAAAUUCGGUAUCAGUUUUACAAGAGAGAUCAGCUCAUGUGGAGUGUUGUUAGACAUUACAGUGAACAGUUCUUGAAACAGAUGUAUGUCCUUGUAUUGGGCUUAGAUGUGCUUGGAAACCCAUUUGGAUUAAUUAGAGGCCUGUCUGAAGGAGUUGAAGCUUUAUUCUAUGAACCCUUUCAGGGUGCUGUUCAAGGCCCUGAAGAAUUUGCUGAGGGAUUAGUGAUUGGAGUCAGAAGUCUCUUUGGACACACUGUAGGUGGUGCAGCAGGAGUUGUAUCUCGCAUCACUGGUUCUGUUGGGAAAGGUUUGGCAGCAAUUACAAUGGACAAGGAAUAUCAGCAGAAAAGAAGAGAAGAGAUGGGUCGACAGCCUAAAGAUUUUGGAGACAGCCUGGCCAGAGGAGGAAAGGGCUUCCUGCGUGGAGUUGUUGGUGGAGUGACUGGGAUAAUAACAAAACCUGUGGAAGGUGCCAAAAAGGAAGGAGCUGCUGGAUUCUUUAAAGGAAUUGGAAAAGGACUUGUGGGUGCUGUGGCUCGUCCAACGGGUGGAAUCAUAGAUAUGGCCAGCAGCACCUUCCAAGGGAUUCAGAGGGCAGCAGAGUCAACUGAGGAAGUGUCCAGGCUCCGACCCCCUCGUUUCAUCCACGAGGAUGGCAUCAUUCGCCCAUAUGAAAGACAGGAAUCCGAGGGCUACGAUUUAUUUGAGAAUCAUGUUAAAAGGUUAGAAGGAGAGACUUAUCGAUGCCACUGUGCUAUUGCUGGAAGCAAGAAGACAAUCCUUAUGGUUACAAAUAGGCGAGUGUUGUGUAUAAAGGAAGUUGAAAUCCUAGGCCAUAUGUCCAUAGACUGGCAGUAUCCAUUUGAAGAUUUUGUGUCUCCUCCAAGUGUCCAUGGAAACCUGCUAAAAAUUUCAGUCAAGGAGCAGAGUCUGUUCCACAAAAAAGACAGUGCCAGUCAUGGCUGCCGGGACAUUUAUCUGCAGGACAACGCCACAGCAGAGAGAGUAUGUAAUGCCAUUGGUGAUGCACAGUCAAUGAGACACCAGCAAAAAUUGAUGAAGCAAUCAUCACUGAAACUUCUCAGGCCCCAGACACCAUUUUAGUCACAGAUCCCAGGGGGCUGCUACUGGGAGAAAAACCAACCAUCAGUCUUGUCUAUAAAUCACUCUUUUUUAUCUUGCUAAAGAGAAUUUUUCAAGCUAUACUGUAGUUUUAGAAUUAUUUUCCAGGAUAGUGUUGGAUUUUCCUUUUUUUUCCCUUUACUUUUGACUCUAAUUUUGUAACUCUGUGUUGUCAGCAAUUCACUUUUCUGCACUGCCACUCAAAUGAGUCAGACCCUCAAAGAAAUAUCACUUUAAACCCAGGAUGAAAUUUCCAUUAAUGUUUAAAUUGUGAAACAAAGGGCAUUGGGCUUGUUUUUAAUUAAAGUUCUUGUUGAAGAAUAAGAAAAGAGCUUAGAAUGACUAUUGUUCUUUAGGAGGUUUUGGACAAACCUUUGGAAAGAUACUGGGUAUUUUAUUUAGGGGUAAUUCAUUCAAUAAUUGAACUGAGAUAAUAUUUUGGGGCAACCAGGUAAUUGACUGAAGAAAAGCCACUGAAGGAAGAAAUGACAUGUUUCCUAUUUUCUUUUCAUGUUAUUUUUCUCCUAAUAAAACAUGUUUUCCUUUGAUGCUUAUUUUUCUUCCUUGCAUUACAGUAUAAAUGCAUAUGGAAAAUCAAAUCUUAAAAUACCUGUGGUCCGGUCUCUGUAACGUAGCAUUCAUGAAACUUUUGAAAUUAUUUACUUGCUCUUUCAAGAGGAACUUAAAUGGCACAAUUAUAACUUGCUGAUGCAUGAAAAUAUUGUACUUUAAGUUUUUUAAGACUCAGAAAUAUGAAAAGCUCAAUAUUUCUAUAUUCUUAGAGAUUGUUUUUUAAUAAAUUGAAAGAUUUUUAAGGGCAUCAUAAAUUAAUACUUAAUGCAUACCUUGAAAUGUAUUUUAAAUACUUACAGGAAGAAUGAAAAAGUUAAUUGUGUAUAUAAGUAAAAUAAGGCAUAUAUAAGAACACUGUAGAAAAUAACUGGUCAGUGUGUCCUUUGAGGGAGCAAGCCUGUGAGAAUCUGUUCGGCACAGUAAUAUUUUUGUCGUUUCCACACCUCACUUACGCUGACCAGAGAUAUACUGCCUACAAAAGCUUUUUAAAAAAUGCUUAGAAACAUCUGACUUCGGCUCUGGUGAUGAUCUUGCAGCUCAUGCGUUCAAGCCACGCGUCAGGCUCUGUGCUGAAAGCUGGAGCCUGGAACCUGCUUUAGAUUCUGUGUCUCCCUCUCUCUCUGCCCCUCCCCUGCUUGCACUUUGUCUGUCUGUCUGUCUGUCUGUCUCUCUCUCUCUCUCUCUCUCUCUGACACACACACACAAAUAAAUAAACAUUAAAAAAAUUUUUUUUAAUGCUUAGAAGUAUUUAAUUUCCUUGAAUGAAUCAUUACAUUUGCUUCUGGUUUUUACAUGGCAUUUAUUUCAAAUCACUAAAUUCAUGAUGGAAUGAAGAUGUGGAUAUACUUGGUUUGCUCUGUUUUUGUUGAUGUGUGGUAAAGUUUCUACUAUCUUUAUGUUUUUAAAGACCAGCCUUAAAUCUUUUUAGUUAUUGUUUACUGUAGACUCUAGAAAGAGGAUAUAAUAACUAAUGCCCUAAAUAUUUGAUCUCUGAUAUAGAAUGGUGGUCUUUGCCUUUUCAACAUCCUUUUUUUUUUUUUUUUCUGUGAAGGAAAGUGUCAUGUAUAAAACUUCCAGCCUUAAACAGAAUUUCUGCAUCAGUGGUUAAUUGCAAUUUAUUAAAUGGAGCAUUAUAAACAGAAUUUCACAGCAAAUGUGCUCGUAUUCUGUGUCUUUAAAGCAGACUUAAUCAGGAAUUUGAGAUAUCUGAUUAUAUGUCUCAUAUGAAUCACAGCUAUUGACAGUGUCCUAAAUAUUUAAGUAAAUCAUAUUGUACUGAUGGCAUGUACAAAAAACAUUGAACUAAAAGAAUUCAUAGAACUAUUAUAAAUUCACCAUCUCAGUUGGCAUAGAAAUAAACUGUCAAAUAUAUGUAACAUUUUAAUUUGAUUUAAUCCCCUGAGACCGAAAUAAUUCACUGGUAAAGUGUGAUGUCUUUUGUAUUUUUAAAAAUGCUUUCAGAGUCAUUUACUUGUGUAGGAACUAAAAGAAAUAAAAUGUUUGGUGCAUUGUUUACAAGGGUGAAAACUUUGUGAGUUUGUGUUAAAUGUUCAAAUAACAUUUACUUCUACUUUAUCUUUCCCUUUUCCUCUUCCAGUCCUGUCAUAGGGAGAAGUUAAAUUAAUAGUUAUGGAGCACUUAAAAAAUGCUAGUUAGGGAAAGGCUUUGCUGAAAGGUACUGAGCCCCUUUACCACCCUGGAGAUCUCUGGCACAGGUCUUCAAUUGGGGGUGGGGGCAGAGAAUACAGAGAAUGUAUUUGACGAGGGCCCAGCUCCUCCACUUUGCAAUCCUGGGCUGCUUUUGCACUGGGGCUGUGCCUUCUGUGGUUUCUAUUAGUUACUGACGGUGCAAGGCAAGGGUACUAGGGCAGGUCCAUUCCUGGGAGACAGGAAUUCCUCUGAUAGCUGACUGGCUUGAAGACUUUUCAGUGGCCUUGCAGAACCUUUCUUAGGUUGCAUGAUAGUCUGGGAGGCUCCUACCAAGUCUGUUCUUCUCCUCUACCCUCCUUCUACUCCCUUCCUGGGAGAGACUACAAAUCUGAAGGCUAUCCCGGUACUGAAUUAGUCAAUAGGAAGAACAGGUGCAUGAUUGUGUACUGUCGCAAAGCGGGGGCAUCAGAAUAAGAAAGAAAAAAGUGCGUAGAUGUGUAGACCAAAGCUUCAUGUGAACAUCUGAUCUAGGGUGAAUUUACUUACAUGUGUUUCAUGAUUUUCAAUUAUGUAUGCGAGAGGACACUUUUUUUUUUUUUUUUUUUUUUGGCCCUUUAGGCCUCUAAGUGUAUUGAUCUGGUGCUGCCUCCAUCUGUAUUUUUAAGUGUUCCACAUGCAUUUCUAAGGCACAGCCAGGACUAAAAAUUAAUGCUCUAGACUGGAAACAAUUAAAGAAGAGUUCUACAAAUAUCAGUGCCAAUUAAAAUAGAGAGCUGUAGUUACUACCAGAGCUAUAAGAACCAUCUUUCUACUGAGGAGAACACCAAAGAUUCUUGAAGGCUAGGAGAUUAUUCAUAUCACAGAUCAUCUAUCCUUGAGGUACAGGUCCUUUUGGUUGUAAAUGACUGCCAGAAUGUCCACUAAUAGUGAUGAAAUUGGGUUUAAUGCAUGUGUGUGUUGGUUCUGAAAAGAAAUGGAAACUCACUGGAGCAGAGAGGGAGCACAUUUUCCUUGGUAAUUGUGCCUAUAGGAAGAAUUUAGGCUUAUUCUUGGAUUCAUGCUUGAAAGUAUUUUGAGUUACAAGGCUCUAUCAUUCAAAUACUUAACAUUGUGGAUCUUUUUGAGCUGAAAAAACCCUUAGAAAGGCUUUUUGUUUGGUUGGUUUUUAUAUACAACAGACCCACCAUCCCUUACCAAAUUUUUAAAAAGUUCUGGAAACUAAAAAGGUUUGCAUAAAUUUGAGGUAAAGAUAUUUGACAGAAAGUUCUGAACUUGAACUGACAGGAGACUAAUUUUGGCAUUUAUUAUAUUUGGUAGAAAUGAGUUGGGCUGUAGCAAAAUUAAUAUAUUUGAUUAUGGGGUCUGGCUCUAGAUUUCACUGGAGAUAUAUGAAGCAUAUUGUCUUUCUAAAAUUUAAAGACCUUUGUAUUCUGAAACACAUCUGGCCAAAGAGUUUCAGAUAAGACAAUGUAGAUCUUUAUACCCUCAAAAUCAUCUAUUUAUUAAAGUUGCUUUCUGAAUUUUAGAAAUAAACUAUAGGAGGAGCAACUGAAUUUUCUUCUACUUCAGACCAUGCCACUGUUCCAUUUUAUAGUUACGCUGGAAAAUUGUUUUGAUACAAUGUUCAAAGUAAUUGAUGUUGACAUACAGGAGACUGAAAUGUUACCAUGGGGUGGUGCAUCAUAAAGAUUUAUGAAGGGACACCUGGGUGGCUCAGUCGGUUAGACGUUGGACUCUCUAUUUCGGCUCAGGUCAUAAUCUCAUGGUGUUGAGAUCGAGCCCAAAGCUCUGCUUCAGGCUCUUUUCUCUCUCUCUGCCCCUCCCUCUCCACCUCCCCACCCCCACCCCUGGCUCACUUGCGUGCGCAUUUUCUCUCUCUCUCUCUCUCUCAAAAUAAAUAAAUAUUUUUUUAAAAAAUAAAGAUUUAUAAAAACUCUGGGGGAAGAAAUGCAGAUUAGGACAACAUCAUGAUUUCUGUCCCCCUUGUAUAUUAAUUAAAUAUCCGGUGGAUGAAUAGUUUUUAGGAUUGAGCUCUAGUGGGAAAAUAAUUCAAAUAGUAAAGAAAUAAGCUAACAUGAUCCUCUAGUUUGAUAAUAUCCACUAGGAUAAUAGUAAACACUUCAUAAAGAGGAUUUAGUUCUUCAGUGUUUUGUUUGUUUUUUAACUUGAAGAAUGACCAAGUGGCUUCCUUAGAGAUUGACUAUAAUGCUUAAAACAUCCCAGGUGUGGUUUAAAUUCCAUGAUAAUUUUCAUCAAAAAUAGAUUUCAGAUCUUGGUCUUUGGGUUUGUUUUUGUAGAAAACAUUUACUUUACACCUUUCUUUUUUUCCCCUCAGACAAACCACUUUUCCCCUUGGCCAUCGUUUAAGCUUUAUACCUCUUCCCUUUUUUUUCUACAUCAUUUUACUUCUUUUCAUGGUAUCUCUCUAUUAUCAAACUCUCUUCAUUAAGUAGAUUUUAUACUGACAUCUGGUGUACUACAACCCAGGGGCCAAACAAUAUGUUCUUGCAAAUAAAGUUUUAUUGGAACACAACCACACGCAUUCAUUUGUCUUGGUUAUGGCAGUUCCCAUUCUACAGUGACAGAGUUGGAUAGUUGUGACAGAGGCAGUAUGGCUGACAAAACCUAAAGUAGUUACUCUCUGACCCUUUACAGAACAAGUCCAUCAAUCUUGACAUUAUACUAUAUAGUGAAUCCUACAGGUGGAAUAGAAAUGAGACACUAAAUGAUUUACCCAUGACCUUAUGGUGAGAUAGGAGCUAAAAUUAGGCUCCAGCACCUACCAUUCUCCUUCUUUUAUCUCUACUUCUUCCUCUUCAUUUUUCCUAGAAACAAGGAUGCCUGUGUCAAUUUUGAAUAAACAUGGCCAAUGUUAGCUUUUUAGGUUUCUUUUAGAACCUCACAUCUUUAUCCCAAGAUUAUCUAUGUAUUUUCUCCUCAUCUAUGUUUAAGGCCUAACAGUAGUAACACAAGCAUUUUCCAUAGUAACACUUAAAAUCUAAGUUGGCCCUUUGUCUGAAUUUAUUUUUUCCUAGAGAAUUCUUGUAUGUGGUCUAAUAUUAUUGUGGCAGUUUACUAGCUAGCAAACAUACCUUUUGAUGUGUAAACAUUAGGAAGUAAAAACUUUGGAUAUAGGACAUAAAACUUGCCUCUUUUCUAAUGUACAGUCAGAACAAAGAUCAAAUGCAUGCUAUUCUGCCGUAUUCAAACCAUUAGAGAGUUCUACUGAUAUCUGAAGCAGAAAGAAAUGCCCAAGAUACGUAGUUUAUCACAACAGAUGGCCUUACCAAGGAGGAAAUUAUGUUUUUAAGCACAGUACGUCAUAUUAUAGAGUAAUAACAUAACAAAUGAGCAGGUGUUUGAAGAUUGCAAUUUGAAUGGAAGCUACAACAUUUUAGCUUCAUCAGAGGCUGCUGCUGCAAAUCAGUUAGGCAAGCACUUAUUGAUGGUUUAAAUUAAGAAGCCACACUUGAACAGAGCCCAUUUCCCUUCCCAAGGAGUGCUGUUAAAGAUUCUUAACCUACUAUGACACUUCUGAUAUAAUCUUCCCUAUUUCAUUCAAUUCAGGUUGAUUCACACACACUUUCAAAAAUAGUUUAAGAAAAAGGGUGUAUGUGUGUGGCAUGAAUAGAGGAUUAACAGAAUUCUUUAUUUUUUAAAUAAAAAUUUUGUAGACUCUGGUUAUUUGAACAUCAGUAACUGUCAUGGCAGUAGUAGAGUUUUUGUUUCUUUAAGCUAAGCUAAGGGAACCAUGCUCGUGAGAAAUUCUGAAAUAGUUGUAAGGUCUUUGUGACAUUUUAAUACAUCUGGAAUUAUUAACCAUAAAUACAUUGCAGGAAACAGUUCCUUGCUCACGCUAAAGAUUCCUAUGGUUAAAGCUUAGAGAUCUAGAAAAUGCUCCUUUUGGAUUGACCCCAAAUGCAUAGAGUGGAAAUCUUGCAUGACUAUUAUUACAAUCCAGAUGGUGAAUGGGUGGUAUUGAAAACACUGUUUUGUAAGGGCCAUAAAGACUGAUUACCCAUGACUUAGACUGGUGAAUAAGAAUAUAUUGCCCAUUCUACCUAAAAUUAAUGACUCAAUCAAUGUUGAAUUACAAUGCAGCUCUUUAAGAAGCACCAAUAAUGCUUACUGUUGUUUUUAAUUUAAAAAAAAAUUUUUUUUGAAGGAGAGAGAGCAUGAGCAGGGGAGGAGCAGAGAGAGAGGGAGACACAGAAUUCUAAGUAGGCUCUAGACUCUAAGCUGUCAGCACAGAGCCUGAUGGCGGGGCUCAAACCCACGAACCAUGAGAUCAUGACCUGAGCCGAAGUCAGACGCUUAACCGACUGAGCCACCCAGGCGCCCCCAGUAAUGCUUACUUUUAUGUCAAGUUGAUGAAUUUUAAUAUCACUCAUUUUUUUUUUGGAGGCCAUUCAGUUAGAGGCCUUUAUUUUAGUUGUACUUAAAUUCCUAGAAUUAUAAUAGUCCCUAGUUGGAAGGUCCUUAUAUUCAGCAUAAAUCUGUUUUCUUGUGGCUUCCAUCUGUUGAACUAAGUCCCAAAUACUUGGGGCCAUCAAAGUAAGAAUGACUCUUUUUCUGUAUAUGGAAGCCUAUAUAAGGGAGCACUGCAUAAUGGAAUUAAGGACUGGCCACAUGUCCUACCAUUCAUUCAGUAAAGCAUGUAAGCCUUCAAGUUCUCAUCUUUUUCUACCAUUCCUGAUUACACAGAACUUCAUGUCGUUCCAUAGUCUCAAUGGCUAUCUCCUAAAUACAACAAACGAUUUACCUGUACCCAUCUCAGAUAACAGUAUACUGAGCUGAAUGAGUGUUAAGCAACCAACUAGGCAGAGUGAAACUUGCACAAUUAUAUAUUUUCUUUUGAUUUCCUAAUAGUAAUAAGUAUCCCAACCUAUUAACUACCUACAUAAAAUAAAAUUACCCCCUUGUUGGUUGUAAUACUUUCCCCCAUUAUUACAGUUUAUUUGUCUCAUAACUUUUUUUUAAUGUUUACUUUUGAGACAGAGUGCAAGUGGGGGAGGGGCAGAGAGAAAGGAGACACAGAAUCCAAAGCAGGCUCCAGACUCUGUGCUGUCAGUAUAGAGCCCGAUGAGGGGCUUGAACUCACAAACCAUGAGAUCAUGACCUGAGCUGAAGUCAGAUACUUAACCAACUGAGCCACCCAGGUGUUCCUCAUCUUAUAACUUUUACUUAUGCAAGAGUAUUGUUGAAUUAUCCCUUUUAUCACUCUUAAUAAAAAGCAAGAUUGAAUUUGUAUGGUACUAUAACUUUAAAAAUCGAAAUAACCCUGAAAAGAUUAUUUUACCUCUCUCAACCUCAGUUUCUUUGUUUGAAAACAAGACCUUUGGACCAGAACUAGCUUUCUGUAACUGUUAAGGAAUUUGGUUAUUGAUAAAAUACUAAGUUUACAAUUGUUAUUUUUGAGACAGGAGUUGUGUUACUUGAACUUUCUAUUGCCUCUUUCUUACAAAAUCCCCAUAGACAUUAAAUGUAUAUUUUAAAUAAUCAGUGAGGUUUUGGGGUUUUUUUUAAACCACAAAGAGUAAAAUCUACUUAAGUAGGCGAGAUAUUGUUGCUAGUACUUGUAUGUGAGAAUAGUCUGGAUGCGGAAAGUACAGGUAACUGGGUGCCAAAAGAGAGCCUUGACGUGACCUGUGAAGGUGAAUGGCCAUGUCUGGAGCCAGGCUAUUGCUGUGAAGAUGGAGUCCUGCUCUUCUUUCUCAGAGGCACACCCUCAGCAGUGCCCUUUAGUUGUCUGAGGAUCUAGGCUGUAUUUGAUGCAGUCAUAGAUCACACGAUGCCACACCAAACAUCUGUAAGAUAGCACUACAUGGACUGACCGUUUCUGUCCCCCAGAAUUCCUGUGCCAACAUUCUAACCCCUGAAGUGAUGGUCUUAGGGGGUAGGGUCUUUAGGAAGUAAGGAGGUUAUGAGGAUAGGGCCCUCAGGAAGGAAAUUAGUGCCUCUAUAAAAGAGGCCCUGAGACGCCUGGCUGGCUCAUUCAGAAGAGCAUGCGACUCUUGGUCUUGGGGUUGUGAGUUUGAGCCUCACACUGGGUAAAGAGAUUACUUAAAUUAAAAAAAUUUUUAAAGAAUUGAUUUAAAAAAAGAGACCCUGAGAGAGCCCUCAUCCCCAUCCACCACGUAAGGACAGAGAAGGCGCCGUUUUGUCUAUGAAGAAAUAGGUUCUCCCCAGACACCCAAUGUACUAGCACCAUGAUCUUGAAUUUACCGGACUCCAGAACGGUGAGAAAUGUCUGUUGCUUAUAAGCCACCCAAUUUAUGGAAUUUUUGUUAUAGCAACCCAAAUACACUAAUAAGACAGGCACCCACUCAGCAGAUUCUCCUGCUGGCUAGCCCUGUCACUUGAAAUUUUGCUGAAGACCUUGCUUUGGGUAAAGGAUUAUAAAUGUUAGCCAUAUGGGUUAAUUUGCAUGGUUUAAUUUGCCAUAUCAGAAAGAUAGUAGGCUACUGCCAGGAUUAGACUGCCAAGAAAUUAGGAGAAGAAAUACCCAAUAAAAAAUGUUAAAUAGAUACACUUUAAAAGGAUUCAAAAUGAGAUGCUAUAAAAACAGAAGAGGCAAAUUUGAAUAAGAACUAAAUAGAUCUUCUAGAGAUAGAAAUACCAUUGAAAUAAAAAGUCAAUGAACAGCCACAACAGUAAAUUAAAAAUAGCUGAAGAAUUGGUGAACUGGAAAAUAGAACUGAGUUCAUAUCCUGGAAUGCAAUAGAAAUAAAGAGAUGGAAAAUAUAAAUAGGCAACAUGGAGGAUAGAAAGAAAAAUCCAACAUGCUUCUAAUCCAAGUCCUAGAAGGAGACAAUAGAGAAAUUGUUGAUAGGUUCCAGAAUUUAUGAAAGAUAAGAUGCGAUAGAUGCAGGAAACAAAGUGAGCCCAGAGCAGGAUAAAUAAAAAUAAAUCCAAACCUAACAUACACUGGAUUGAAACUAUAGCCAUGCAAACACAGAGAAAAACAGAAAAAAAAAAAAAAACA